GGCAGAGUGGCAGCGCCGUGUGACGUGAGCUGCCAUUAAACUCCCACCUUCUUCCGCGGGUGCCUGGCACGCUCGGCCCCCUCCUCGUCGAACCCGCCUUUCACUCAGGUAGUUAAGAAAAGUUAACUUUUCUAUUACCGCACAUUCCUCUUACCCGGGUGCUUAAUUACCAUUGUCCCAGGGAAAUGUCAGUGUGACUCAGAGACACUUUCCCAUUAGGAGGAGACAGAUGAAUAUCAAUUAGAGUUGCUGGUGGGUGGGCUGGCUCCCAGCUUCUCUCCCGGGGGACCCUGUCACCCCCCACGCCUGCCUGGACCCUCUCACCCAGCUCAGCACACCUGUGGCACGUUGCUCUGGGGACAGCAGGAACUCGACCUCCCACCUGGAGCAAAGGGAAGGAACAUUAUUCCAAACGACUUUUCCCUCUGUGUCCAUGGGGUUUGCACCAUCCCUAGGAACACCUCUCCCUCCAGUGCAAUUACCCUGUGCGGGAGGUGGCUGCACCCCAGGCUGUUGGGUGCAUAUAUACAUAUAUAUAUUUUUAUAUAAAAAUAAUGGAUUCGGUGCAGAAAUGCUCCUCCCCACCACACUUGCAGUGCCUGCAGGACAGCCAGUCCUGGCAGCAAGGAUUAAACUGCCCAGGGUCUGCUCACAGCCCCUCGCCCAAGGUGCCAGUGGUGGUUUGAAGCUGUGUUUUGUUCUCAGCUUUGUUCUGUGCCUGCACAGACCAGCACAACCCAACACAGUCGGAGGGGGGGCAUGGCUGCUCUCUGCUGGUGUGCUCCAUCCCCCUCACUGCAGCACCCAGUGUGGGUUCCUCCACUGGCCCAAGGAUGCUCUGCCCUUGCCCCCCACCCCAUGCCCUGCUCCCUUGGUCCGUCCUCUGUGCAGGCACAGCCCUGGCCUGGAUGAGUUAAAAUUCACCUCCAAGCAAAAGCUGUGGAGUCCCAUCUGCUACCUGGGGAGCAGACACGGGUGCUAGCGUAGGUGACCACCAGCCUCGGGCAUGGAGGGCCAAGGGCACAGGCUGCUGUGGCUGCUGGGAGCCCAGCAGAGGGUCCUGGCUGUGCCAAUUGCCUCCAUGUCCCUCACCAGUGCUGGGAGGGCUGAGCAGGGGGCACCAGGUCCAGCAGCUGGUGUUCGAGCUGGGAGAACAGCAGGUUGCUGGGAAACAUCCCUCUUGAGCUCCGAUAAAAAUAGCUCCAUCUUCAAGGCAAGAGGAUGGGCUGCGCUGCCGGCGACACAGGGGACGUGUCUGCACCCACUGGGCUGUGGGGCUGAGGCAAACUGGCCUGGCCCCACGGGGCCUGUGCCGUGGACCCCCAUCCCACACCUCUGUCGUGACAUGGUGCAGUGGGACGGUGGUGCACGGGCUCAGGGUGUGCCUGUCAUUGCCUGGUGCUGCCCUCCCUCACCACCAAAUCAGGCUUGGGGAUGUGAGAGAACAGGAAUCAGGACUGAGCAGGGAAAGUGGCGGUGUCUCUGUCCCCCCACACAGCUCCCCCUGCCCCUUCAGCUCAUCUCUGGGUUUGCUCCCACGAGGAGAGGGUUUGGGGGAUGUGGGGUUGGGGGGAAGCUCAUUGGGGUCUGAGCCCUGAUUUUGUGGAGAUUGAGGCUUUCCAUGUGAGAGCUGUUUUGCCCAACAGCAACCAGGCUGGGUGGGUUGGGGGCAUCCAGCCUUUCCCAGGGCACGAAGACCCUCUCUCCCUUCCCAGCAGAGUGGAUGGGCUCACUCCUCUCCCUGGCAUCUCCAUGGAACAGUACCUCUUCCCAGCUUGGGGAGUGGGGUAGGAGGAGGUCAGGGUUUCAUUCCCUCGUCCUGCUUGGGCAGGAUUGGAAUUUGGUGGCCAAGGGGAUUCACACCCCCAGCAGCCAAACUCCUGUGGCGUGCAGCUGUGGGAGAAGACAGACCCCAUCCCGGUCUCCUGCCACCUCCCGUGUUCGGGGCACACAUUUCGGCCCUGAGGACCAAAGGCUGGCCCCGACGGAGGUCCCCGAGUGCUGCAGCCGCAGCGGUGGGACCUGCACCCCUGCCCCAGGGGCGGCCGGGCGGCUGCGGGGAGGCCUCGGCGGGGCGGGCGAGCUCGCUCGGGAGGUGGCGGGGAUGCUGCGGGGCUGAUUAUUCACAGCUUCCCUCGCCCCGAUUGGCUCUGCCGCCGCGCACAGCCGGGCCCCGCCGCAGGAGGAGGCUCCGUGGCCAUAAAAGCGGGGUUGGGAGCCAGCGGGCGGCGAGUCCGGUGGGCAACCCGGGCAGCACCGUGGGGCCACCCGCCAGCGUGGCCUUGCCACCUCAACUGAUGACUGGCUCAGCCUGACACCCGUGGAGGGACACCCAUCACCCACCACCUGUGCUGACUUGGCGAAGUGGGUGCUCGGCGGGACGGGGAGCAGCGCAGGUAGGUCUAUUGGGGUUGUCAUCCUGCUCCCGUGGCAUGGGCACAGCUGGGCAUCGCUCCUACUCCCCAAAAAGCGACUGUUUAAAAACACACCCUGAGCCUCAGUGCUGAGAGCAGCUCAUGGUUGGGCUUGCUGUGCUAUUUUGAAGGGGCUCCCACCUGGCUGCAGGUGCUCCUCUUGCCCCUCGAGUGGUUUUUCAUAGCCUGUGAAGCACUGUCCAGAGCUCUGCUGGGGUUCAUUUCCAUGCUGAUGCCAUGCCUGCCACCCUGGCAGCAGGGUCACCCAGGGCUCAGAGGGGCAAAGGGAGCAGGGAGAGAGGAUGGGGCGUUUCUUUCUCUCCCACUGCUUGGCUUAAGCAGCAGUGGCGGCCACAGCAGCAGGUUUUGAGUGAUUCUGUUCUAAAAGUUGCCAGCUUUUUUGAGAAGCGUUUGUCCAAGUAAAUUUUAACAGUGAAGACAGGAACAGCUGUAAGGUUGAUUCUUCUUCUCCACCAGGAAUACCUGCAGGGACUGAACCUGCGUAGUUAGACCUGUGUGGGAGGAGGGAUCUGGCCAGUCUGGGAUUGCUGUUCGAGUCCCUCAUUAGGAAUAAUCACAGGUUAAUCACGAGAGGGUUGGUCUCUGCUGCUUGGCACUCUCAAUCCCAAUUCCCCAUCCCUCCUUGGGUCACCAGGUCUGUAACUGGUCCCUGGAGUGCAUGGAUGCAGUUUGUGGCUUUUCCAAACACAAGCAAAGCCUGGGCUCUGGAGGCUCAAGUGGAAAUGGGGCAGGGCAGGAGGGGAUCCUGGCAGGCACCUGGCACAGGUAGAACGUGAGUGGCCACAGUGGCUGGGAUGCAAUGCUGGCAUUUCCAGACCCUGCCACAAUCCUGAUGAGGUGUUCCCACAGGAGGGAUGGCUCUGGAGCCUCGGGCUCCUCCAGGUUACGCCGGAUUGAGCUCGAACUCUGCUUUUCUUCUUCCUCCCUUUGUGUUCUUUUCGCUUCUUUCCCCCCCUCUCUGCUUCUUUUCUCUAUUGUCCAAAGCCCUUUGUUUUCCUCUCCUUUUCCUGCUCCCGUUUUUCCAGUUCCCCCCUCCCAGCCGCAGGAGCAGGCAGAGCACUGCUGGGACAUUUGUGGCAUCAUCUGGACGCGGUACAUUUGCUGUGGGGUGUCCUUGGACACCCUGUGCCCGGAGAGCUGCAGCUCCCCUGUGUGCCUUGAAAUCCUCCUGCUGCAGCAGCAGGACAGGGGUGGGACACGCUGUUUCCAGAGUGCCAGAGGACUGAGCUGUGCAGUGCCAGUCUCGCUGGCAGCUUGUUCCUGGCACGGAGUGAACGUUCCCAGUGCGCGCUACUCUGGCGGCACCCACAUCGGCAGCAGAGGAGCACGGCAGGGCAAGGGAGGGAGAAGCAGGUGGAAAAAAAGGGGGAAAAAAAUGUUCCCGGUGAGGCUGCUGGGAAGCAGCAGGUAGUUAUUUUUGGGAGCUUCAUUCCUCCCAGUGCUGCAGCUGGCACCUACCUGUGCGGCCGGCAGGUCCUCGCUCCUCCGUGCUGUCUCAGUGGCUCCGAGGUGAUGAGGGACCGUCCCUGUGUCUCCGCAGUGAGGGCUGGGUGAGGUCCCACCAUGCUCACCCCGGUCCCCACCGUGCUGCCAGGGCACUGGGGGAUGCAGGGAGCCGGUGGCAGCGCAGCCGAGGAAUGCAGACAGCUCCACACACGAUGGUGCAGAUAAUUCAAAUUAAAUUUUAAUCUAGCGUGAAUUAAUACUGUGGCAUUAACAUUUCUUCAUCAGUACCAAUUACAGUACAUUAGCAGCUACUGCUGGAGAACACAAUAGUCUCUAAUAUGCGUCAUUAAUGUGUAACAGAUCCCUCUGGGUCAUGCCUUCCCACCCCAGAUAAAAGCAGCCACGGAGGCAGGCAGGGGCUUGCAGCCAGCGCACCCCUUUGGGGUUGGUUCUUGCUCCCGGGGCCAUCGUGGUCCUGGUGGCACCGUGAUCCUGAACAGGGGUUUGCACUGGCCCCUCCAGCCUCAUCCAGGGUCUGGCAGAGCACUGCCACCUGCAGAGCCCCUCUCUCUUCUGAGCCCCUCUCUCAGCCCUCCCUGGCCUCAUCCGCGGAUGCCAGAGGCUCUGUCACAGCCCCCACACGGCCGGAGGACGGCGAUCAUGGCUUGCAGGUAGGCUUGAAGCCAAAAUCUGCAUUUUUCCCCCUCCCUCCUGAUGCACCAGCCCAGCAGAGUUGGUGGGUGGGAGGGAGGGGAGAUGAGGCUGCAUGGGUGUGGGGCACAGCAGCCUGGGGUGAGUCCACACUGGGUGAUGGCAUCACCACAUCCCCUUCCCACCACGGCUCCGGUUGUGGUUGUUCUCUUCCCCAAGGCCAAGGGGAAGAGCUGGUGAUUCAUCCCUCCACGCCACACAGACGUGGCACUCGCGGUAUCAGAGAAACCCCACGCUAGAGAAAAAAGGCGCUUUUCUUUCUAAUGGCAGUGGCUGCAGGGCGAGAUGGCACGGUGGGCACUGGCAGUGGUACUUUGCCUGUCCCUGGCUGCGGUGGCAUCUGCUGACUGUGUCACCCAGUGUUCCCUCUGCACGGCUCAGACCGACGGCACCGAGAGCAGCGUCCGGCCCCUGAUGUGCCUGUGGGAAUGCCAGGGCUCCUUGCCGCCCGGCCCCGAGUGGGAGAUGUGCAGGAAGGCACUGGCGCUCCUGGCCCCGCUGGUGGCCCUGGCUGAAGGGACAGACCCGUCCCCACUGGAGGUGGAGGACAACGAGGCGGAGCUGGAGCAGGAGCUGGGUCCUGGGGAGCAGCCGCUGGCACCGGCCAAGCGCUACGGGGGCUUCAUGAAGAAGAUGUCCAAGGGGAAGCUGCUGUCGCUGCUCCGCGAGAACGCCCACAGCAAGGGCGGCCUCGCCAAGAAGUUCGGGGGCUUCGGCCACAAGCCGGGGGAGCGGGCGGCCCCCGAGGACUACCCGGGGCUGGGGCCAGCAGGCGAGGGGGGCGAGGAGCCCACGGGUGCCGGGCCCGAGGGGCAGGAGCUGGCGCAGCUGCACAAGCGUUACGGCGGCUUCAUGCGCCGCAUCCGGCCCAAGCUCAAGUGGGACAAUCAGAAGCGCUACGGGGGCUUCCUGCGGCGGCAGUUCAAGGUGAUCACGCGCUCCGACGAGGACCCCAGCGCCUACUCAGGGGAGGUCUUGGACCUGUAGAGCCAGGCGUGGGACGACAGCAGCGCGGUCCCCACGCUGCCAGCCCCGACUGCUCCAUCCAGUCCCCAGCCCUGUCCCCUGCCCAGCCCGGCGUGGCUGGUGUCACCCCUGCCUCAUUCCCCCAGGGAACCGUGGGUCCCAUCCCCAGCUGUCCCUCUCUGGUUCACCUGCCCAUCCCUUAGGGACUCCGUGCAUGGAGGGGACGGUGCCACCCCUCUGGCUGCUGGCAGUGUGGCCGUGGUCCAGGGCCAGGGCUCCUGGCAGCAAACCGCUGGAAACAUGUAUCUUCCAUUCUCCUGUGGCUGCUGGAGUGUAGCAGCAGGGUCUGGAAACCAUCAUGGCUCAUGUACCGGGCAGUGCCCUCUGAGCACCGGGAAGGAUCAGGGAGGUAGCUCCCACGGCCAUGGGCAGCGGUGGCUGGUGUCACCACAGCACUGCCAGCCGAGUGCUCAAGCGGUGCUGAGCCCAACCCUGACUCCCCUCCCCGAGCUGCUCACCGUGUCCCACCCAUCCCAACGCCCCCCUGGUGCCCCUGGGCUCCAAGAACAACCCCAGAGGCAGGGCCAGCCCCACACCCUGACACCCAACUCCCCCUGCAGUCAAUAAAAGGCAGAUGCCAACGAA